AUGAAAUUAAUUUUUCUUUUAUUCUCUUUUUUUUUUAAAUCUAUUCUUUCUUUCGGGAAUGUACGCUUUUUUUAUUCAUUACAUUCUUCUUUUCUGACAAAUAUAUUUUACUUUCAUAUUUGCGACUUCAUUCUUUCUUUUUUCCUUCGUUUUUUUUCUUUGAAACUAAUUCUUUCUCAUUUUUUAUUUAUUUAUACUUUCUUUCAGCGGUGUAUGUUUUUCCAUUCUUUCUUUCUUUCUUUCUUUCUUUCUUUGUUCCUUUCUUUCUUUCUUUCUUCCUUUCUUUCUGCUAAAUAUAUUAUUCUUCUUUCCUUUAAAUCUGCGCCAUCUUUCUGUCUGUCUUUCUGUCUUUCUUUCUUUCUUUCUUUCUUUCUUUCUUUCUUUCUCGGUGUAACCUUUUGCAUUCUUUCUUUCUUUCUUUCUUUCUUUCUUUCUUUCUUUCUUUCUUUCUUGUCCAGACCUUCCUUCUGUUCUUUCUUUCUUUCUUUCUUUCUUUCUUUCUUUCUUUCUUUCUUUCUUUCUUUCUUUUCGAGACCUUCCUUCUGUUCUCUUCUGUUCUUUCUUUCUUCUUUCUUUCUUUCUUUCUUUCUUUCUUUCUUUCUUUCUUUUUCUUUCUUUCUUUCUUUCUUUUCUUUUUUCUUAACCGUCUUUAAUUUUUUUUAUAUUUUCUUUUUCAUUUUUUCUUUCUAA